AUGGGAAGUGAAGAGGACUGUGUGAAGAAGCAGAUUUGUGUAGUUAACCCAACGGUGCCCGACGAUGAACCAACUUCCUCAACCGUCGUUGACCCUAGUGACAACGAAAGCAGACCAUCAAGACUUGCCUCUGACAUGAUGUCGUCAUGUGUAGAAACUAAAACUGUUGUUGAAAGUCACGAGAAUCUGCUUGAUUUGCCCGAAGAUGUCCCUUGUUUGACGUCUUCCUCUUCCUCUGAGAUGAAAUCAGAAGAAGGAGAAGAACAAGGAAACAAUGACACUUCUACUGGGACCGACUCCACAGUAGUACAAGAGAUUUGUCCUAGUCCAUUACCUUCAUCAGGAAAUAUCGAAAAUGUCUCUGCACACAACAGUAUCGAAAGUGAUGAACAAACAGAAGUGACUUCUGCAAAAGUUCACUCAAAUAAAGCGGAUGUCACCAAUGAUAAUGAACCAUCAGCAGCCACCCCCUCUCCACAGAACCAUUCACCUGAUACAGAGGAAAGUACAUACAUUGCAUCAAAGACUGAUAACUGUAUAGGAGAUACUUCUGCUCUUUCAGAAAAAAUGUUCAGCUUAAAGUGUAAUUCUGCUGAAAAUUUGUCGACAAAAGUCAUGAUUCAGAGAGAGCUAGGAGAAAAAGAAAUUCUAGUCGCUAAUGAAAUUUGCACAGAAGCUCUUAAAGAAAUUUAUAUGCCCAUUAAGCAUGAGGCCUUUGAUUCUACAGAAGAGCAAACAAAAAUGGAAAUUCUACAUCGUAAGGAAGAUUUUGCAGAAAUGUCUAAAGUGGUUGAAAUCUCGGUUUCUGAAGAUAGCUCAAGUAGUGGAGUUCCUUUGGGUACAGAAAGCAUAAAUUCUGAAAACAACCCACUAGAGCUAACUGAACUAAACAACAAUGUUUUCAAAGAUGACCCCUGUAAAGCAGAAUCAGAAAAUGAAGACAAUAGCCAGUUGUUUGAAGGUCCUAUUGGCUAUGGAACAGAUCUUGAUGAUAGCCCUCCGAUGAAGAGUAUGGCAUAUGGGUGUGGCAUCUGCUAUAGUAUCGUUGGAUAUACUAGAGAGUCUUUCAAUCGCCAUCAAAAGAAUUACCACUGGAUUUCACUUCAAUGUAAAGUUUGCAAGAAAACUUUUGCCACCACUAAAGGGUAUGAAAACCACAUGACCAGCCACAUACGGUACCCAUGUCUGCACUGUCCAAAGGAGUUUAAACAUCUAUUGGAAGUUGAGGAUCAUCAAGGACAGCAUUUUUCAAAUAAACUCAUACGCUGUGAAAGAUGUGGUGAAGAGUUUUAUCUGUUAGCAACAUUAAAUCAGCAUCACUUUUUCAUGGGAAAACAAUGUAUAGAAAUACAAAAGAAUGUUCGAAGGAUUCAGGAGCAGUUGAAAUCCCCACUGAAUAAUGAAGAGCUAGUGAAAUACAGUAAGGGUAAAACAAGCCAAACCCUUAAAAGAGGAAUGGAAGAACAUAGUAAAAAUCAUAGUGACGCAGGUGAUACCUCAAAGUCCACUGUUCAAACUAGGAGAAGAUCAAAGAGAGUUAAAUACAUAUGA